GCUCCCCAUCCAGCACCCCUUCAGAUGCCCCCAGUCCUGUGUCCACGACUCCCUCGCCCACCAGUGCCCCCCUCUCCUUGAACCCACGCCCCUCAGAUGCCCCCCAGCCCGUGUCCGGCUGCCCCGUCGCCCGCCGGCGCCCCUCAGAUUGCCCGCGCCCGUGUGCAGAUCCCCCGCUCGGCUGUCCGGUGCCCGGUCGCCCGCUUGGCCCGCCCCGUCAGAAUGCCCCAGCCAGUGUCCGGUGCCCCAUCGCCUGCCGGCGCCCCCAGAUGUCCCGGCCCGCUGUGCAGUGCCCCGUCGCGCCCGGCGCCCCCUCUCCUGAACCCCGCCCUCAGAUGCGCCGCAGCCCGGUCCGUGCCCCGUCGCCCGCCCGGCGCCCCUCAGAUGCCCCCGGCCCGUGUGCAGCUGCCCCGUCGCCCGCGCCAGGCGCCCCCUCUCCUGAGCCCGCGCCCCUCAGAUGCCCCCGGCCCGUUGUCGGGGUGCCCCACGCCCGCCCGGCGGCCCUCAGAUGCCCCAGCCCGUGUGCGGCUCCCGUUCGCCCGCCCGGCGCCCCCUCUCCUGAAGCCCAGCGCCCCCUCAGAUGCCCCCGCCGUGUGCGGUGCCCCGUCGCCCGCCCGGCGCCCUCUCAGAUGCCCCCGGCCCGGUCCGUGCCCCGUCGCCGCCCGGCGCCCCCUCAGAUGCCCCCGGCCACGUGUGCGGCUGCUCCGUCCGCCCGUCCGGACCGCCCCCUCAGGUGCCCCCGGCCCGAUGUCCGGUGCCGGUCGCCCGGCCUGGCGCCCCGUCAGAUGCCCCCGGCCGUGUGCGGUGCCCCGUCGCCCGCCGGCGCCCGUCAGAUGCCCCCGGCCCGUGUGCGGCUCCCGUCGCGCCGCCGGCGCCCCCUUCCUGAAGCCCGCGCCCUCAGAUGCCCCCGGCCCGUGUCUCGUGCCGCAUCGCCCGCCCGGCGCCCCCUUCUCCUGAAGCCCGCGCCCCUCAGUGCCCCCGGCCCGUGUCUGGUGCCGCAUCGCCCGCCCGGCGCCCCCUCUCCUGAACCCCACGCCCUUCAGAUGCCCCGGCCGUGUGCGCGGCCCCGGCGCCCGCCAGGCCCCCCUCAGAUGCCCCCGGCCCGUGUUCUGGUGCCGCAUCGCCCGCCCGCGCGCCCCUCUCCUGAACCCCACGCCCGUCAGAUGCCCCCGCCCGUGUGCGGUGCCCCGUCGCCCGCCCUGCGCCCCCUCAGAUCCCCCGGCCGUGUGCGGCUCCCGUCGCCGCCCGGCCGCCCCCUCUCCUCGAAGCCCGCGCCCCUCGGUGCCCCGGCCCAGCGCCGCGCGCGCGGUCCCUGCCCUCCGUCCCUCCCCGGCGGCGGGCGCGCGUCAUGCGGCGGCGGGCGGGGCGGUCUCGCACGCCAGCGCCCGGGGCGGAGCGCUCGCCGCAUUGUUUAG